CAGAACCCAAAGCACAAUAUGACGAAUUGUAUAAAAGUAUAUAAUUUCUAAUUUUUCAUAGUUAUUUUAGUUGGUGAUUCAAGUGUUGGGAAGACUAGUUUUUUGAUUAGGUAGGAAUUUAAAUUCAAAUUAGAUUAACCAAAAAUGUUAUAAAAAAAUAAUCAUAACCUACAAUAGGAGUUGAAUAUGCAGCCUAAUCGAUAUUACUUGCAGAUGUAGACAAGAUUGUAAAAUCUGUAAUUUGGGAUACUGCUGGAGCUGAAAAAUACAAAGCUAUUACAACAGCUCAUUAUCGCAAAUCUGAAGGAGCUUUAUUGUUUUAUGAUUUAUGUGAUAGAAAUUCAUUUGAUAAUGUUUUAAGUUGGCGUUAAGAAGUAAUAUAAAUCAAUUGAUUUUCAGAUUUUAUAACAUACAGAUGAUAAAAUAAUGAUUAUGUUAAUAGGAAACAAAUUAGAUUUGUUGUAAGAUAAUCCAUAAAAUCGAUGUGUUUCUAUUGAAGAAGUAGAAUAAAUCUGUUAAUAAUAUAAUAUGUUAUAUAAUGAAACUUCAGCAAAAGAAGGAACAAAUGUUAAAGAAUGUUUUGAAUAAUUAAUUAGGAGUAAUAUUAUGUACAAAUUCAUAAAUUAGAAAUAUAUGAAUCAAAAUCAUAAAAUAUAGAAGAAGAAAUACCAGGUUAAAGAUAUGAAAUAGAUGAUAUAAAAUCUGAAAAGAAAACUUAAGAAUUUGCUUAACCAAAUAUUUUAGCUGUUCCAAUUAAAUAAAAUAAAGACACUUCUGAUACUUGUUGUGGAACUUCUUGA